GGGAAGCUGUUCACGAUCCGGUGUGCUACUGUGUUUUGUCCGGCAUUAAUCACUCCUUUCUUCUCAUUUUAUUCAUACUGGAUCGAUAUCCCGUAAGGGCAGACAGUCGGUAGCAUCUAUCCGACACGUAUCGACCCUUUCCUGGAUAAAAGAAAAGCGAAGGUUUGCAAAAACGGGGAUCCGGCGUGCCCUUCUUCUGCGCCAUGCACGCUCAAGCAAAGGAGAUCCUGUUGUGCUGCGCACCGAGACGCGCAAGAGGACAUGUAUGCGCACCACUGAUCCCCGUUGAACUUCACCUCCUCUGACAGACCCUAGAGUCAUUUGGAUAUCGCUACUGUAGUCUAUCGCAGUCUGUGCUUAACCUCACGCCUGGCAAGGUGAUUUGGAUUUAAACGCCACCAAGUAGAACAGGUAAUGUGCUCUUUCACUGGGACCCUGAUCUGCGCGUACACGUGGAUUUGAUUAGUUCUGUUUCAUGUGAGGGGAGACGCUGCCUUAAUAGUCCCACUCAGCGACAUAUGGUGUUCUGUGGGCGCAGAUUUCAAGCUAUCGAGCCGCCGCUUCUCCAAAGCGUGUCCACGGCGGACCUGGAGCGGACAGAGCCGGGGACGCUGAGGAAUGCGGAGCCGGGAUUUUGUCUUUUCCAGCUCACCUGCGGAAGUCUUCGCAGCCCAAACCAAAGGAUCUACAUUCUACUUUAUCGGUGCAUCAGAGAUAGGACACCCAGACUGAACAGGCACGGGGUCAGUAGGCUACAUAACCUUCUCCGUGUCUUUUCAUCCUCCAGCCGACCGACGCAGCCGGUGAGCACGCGGGGCGCCAUGCUAAGGCAGAUCCUCCUCAACUCCACCGAGACCCCAGACUUAGACCUGGUGCUCAUGGCCCAGUCUUCCACGCACGCGUCCUCUUCCCUGAACGCCUCACACGGCGGUUCGGUGAGCGUGGCCGCUCUUCUGAGACCCAUCGCGGGGCGAGGGGCAGUUGGGCUCCGGGAGGGCGAGCUCCACAAACCGGACCUGAUCACCUACAUAGUCAUGUGCCUACUGCUCUUCCUGUUGGUGUUGCUUAUUGUGUUCUUCAUCAACUGCCAGCUCCGGAACUCUUUCUUCGCCUCCAUGCCAUAUGACAGGUCGCUGAGAGAGGCCCGGACCUCCUACAAGUAGCCUAGGCUAGACCCCCGGGACUAACCUCUGUGACCCUGGGUCUUUAGUGAGACUCCUGCUUGUAGGUUAUGGGUCACCCUUUAACUGCUGCUGCACGUAUACUCAACUCACGAAGUUGUUGCCUUUAUCACUUGUCUUUGGCACAUUGGAAGGCCAUGAUUUAUCAGGGCCUCGAUUUGAGAAGAUUAAUUGGGUAUAUGGGCCCACUGUGGAAAAAUAACAGUAGGCUAUAACUCCUGAUUAAAUUAGUGACUCCUAUUUUUGGGGUAUACAAUGUGAAACAAUCCAUCAUCUCCUGCAACCCCCUCGUGGUCAGCGUACUGCACUUUGGAAACUAAUUAUGUAUUCCUUUUACAGUAUAUAUACUCCCGAGCUUGUAUUUAUUCAUCUAGCUGCUUACAAAUUUGAUCUGGCGCCUGCUAUUUGGGUCCAAAUUCACAGUAUUCCACACUGGCCCUGACACUUUAAUGUGUUUUUGUUCAUGGAACGUGACUUAUGGUAACAUAAAUAGUCUAGAGUUGAUUGUAUAUAACAUAUUUUGUAUGACUGUAACUUAACUGUCUUGUCUUGUGAAAUGAAGUAAUCAACACAUAAUUUCCACCCUUUUGUCCACUGUAAAAUGCUGAUUAAAUUACAGACUAUAGGCCUAUGUCGUCACAUAAAGAUAUUCAAAUGUA